CGUUGGAAGGUCCGAACUCGAAGUACCUGCCUUUAUUUUCUCAUUCACAUACCCUCUCUCUCUCUUGUUCUCGUCGCAUUACUCCUGAGAAAGGAGAACAAAAAACCCUAACCUAACAAGAAUGGCGAGUAAUUCACCUGCCAACUUGGAAGAUGUGCCGUCCGUAGAUAUCAUGACCGAGCUUCUCCGUCGCAUGAAGUGCUCCACUAAGCCCGACAAGCGUCUCAUUCUCAUUGGCCCACCGGGUUCCGGAAAAGGUACUCAAUCCCCAAUCAUAAAGGAUGAGUAUUGUCUGUGCCACUUGGCUACUGGUGACAUGUUAAGAGCUGCUGUUGCCGCUAAAACCCCUCUCGGAAUUAAGGCUAAGGAGGCGAUGGAGCAGGGACAACUUGUUUCUGAUGACUUGGUGGUUGGCAUUAUAGAUGAAGCAGUUAAGAAACCCUCAUGUCAGAAAGGUUUCAUUCUUGAUGGGUUUCCAAGAACUGUUGCUCAGGCGCAGAAGCUUGAUGAGAUGCUUGAGAAGCAGGGAGUUAAAAUUGAUAAGGUGCUCAAUUUUGCAAUUGAUGAUGCCAUCUUGGAGGAGAGGAUUACUGGUCGCUGGAUCCACCCUUCUAGUGGUAGGAGCUAUCACUCCAAAUUUGCACCUCCAAAGGUUCCUGGUGUCGAUGAUGUGACUGGUGAACCUUUGAUUCAACGUAAAGAUGAUACUGCUGCUGUUCUCAUGUCAAGACUGGAGGCUUUCCACAAGCAAACUGAACCGGUAAUUGACUAUUACUCCAAGAAGGGCAAUGUGGCAAAUCUCCACGCAGAAAAGCCUCCCAAAGAUGUUACAGCUGAGGUACAGAAAGUACUUUCCUAGAGAAAGUGAGCCAUCUAUAAAGCUCAGUUAAGUGGAUCCAUUGAAGCUAUAAGCACAUGGAUUGUUUGAGAACAUUCUUAGUUUUUUGCUCAAAUGUACUUUGAUAUACAGUCGAUUUUUUUUACUGGUGUCCAUUGCUAUUUUAACCGCCAAUACUGCGGCUGCCCUUUCUUGAGAUAGAUUUGCACCCAAAUAAUAAACAUUACGAGUUUUCUCUUUCUA